GCACACCGCAAGGUACGUUGCGCGAGUUUUUACGCUUUACAUUCGCAUGUGCGUGUACAUAAGCAUUUGUGUUUUUUCGCUCGUUCGUUCGUUCGUUUGUUUGUGAAUAUUUGUACUUGUGUGUGUUUUUUUUAUUCUCCACCUUUGGCAGCGCAGCGCAGCAGUCAUUUGGCGCGCGCGACGACUUCUUAGCCACCCGUGUCACUUGUUCGCUCGAGAAACCGUUUGGCGUAAAUUUUGUGGAAGGGCAGAUACGCGUGGAGGCGCUGCGCGGGGGUAACAGCGGCUCGUGCGAAUUGUUCUGCCCCGCCCGGUCGCUGCCAGGCGAAGCGCGCGCGCGUGCAGGGUGCAUGCGCACAAACGUACAUAUAUACAUACAUAUAUAUAUAAAUAUAUACACAUAUACAUACUCAUAUACACCUAUAUAUAACCUUGCGAGUAACCUUUUACGGCUAAUUAUGCCUCCCGGCCUGCGCGCACAAAUCGAGGCAGCUUUUUUCGAUCUCCAAAAUGAGGUGUUGCACUAAGGAUGCAGUAAACGUAGAAAGCCCUAAGAAGGUAGUCGUUGGCGAAACGGAGGAAGACACCCGGGAAGAGGAGAACCCGUACGAAGACCUCCCCACGGUUACCGUCACGCUGAGCGACGGCUCAGUGUACACGGGCACUACGAAGGACAACCGCGUGCACGGACGGGGAGUUCUCAAAUACGUAAAUGGAGACCAAUACGAGGGAGAAUUUGUCGACGGCAAAAAGGAAGGAAAGGGCAAAUGGACCGACAAGGAAAAUAAUACGUACGAAGGAGACUGGGUAAAGGACAAAAGACAUGGCCAUGGUGUGUACAAAACAGCUGAGGGAUUUAUUUUUGAAGGAGAGUUUGCAAAUAAUAAAAGGGAAGGAAAAGGAACCAUUAUCACUCCGGAAAAGACUAAAUAUGUUUGCUCAUUUCAGGAUGAUGAGGAGGUAGGAGAGGUAGAAUUUUUUUUCGCAAAUGGUGAUCAUGCCCUUGGGUAUAUUAAAGAUGGCUAUUUAUGUCAAAAUGGGAGGUAUGAAUUUAAAAAUGGGGACAUUUACGUGGGCAAUUUCGAGAAAGGGUUGUUUCACGGUGAGGGGUACUACAAAUGGAACAACGACGCUAAUUAUACCAUUUAUGAGGGGAAUUAUUCUGAGGGGAAGAAACACGGGAAGGGCCAGCUCAUCAAUAAGGACGGCCGCAUCCUGUGUGGCAUGUUCAGGGAUAAUAAUAUGGACGGCGAGUUUUUAGAAAUCAGUCCGCAGGGGAACCAGACGAAGGUCCUGUACGACAAGGGCUUUUUUGUGAAAGUCCUAGACAAGAUUGAAGAAAACCUGGACGUGCAGGAAUUCCUCAAGGACUCCAUCAUCCACACGACUAUCUUUUCCGACCCGACUACGUACAAGAAGUUGUACGAGAUCACGGAAAAGAAGAAGCCCCAGUUUCGCCUUAACUUAAAGAGGACGCAGCCGACGAGUUGAGCGGCGCGGAUGCAGCUGUGCCGUAUGCGGGGCAAAGGGAAGGCACGCCCGUCAGUCUGCAUCACCCGCGGUUUGUACAUUUGUGCGUUUAGAGGGUUGUGCAUUUAGAGGGUUUGUUUGUCUACACAUUUGUGUGUUUACACGUUUGCUUUUUCCCUGAACCGUAACAGCCGAACUUUCUUGUUCCUUCGCACUGCCAUUUGUGCCCAUUUCAACCCACCGAAAGUGCUUAUCACUAGUUGGUACUUU